GUGUGAGAGAGAGUGCAUAUGUGUGUGUGAGAGUGUGUGUGUGUAUGAGUGUGUGUGCGAGAGAGUGCGUAUGCCUGUGUGUGUGUAUGAGUGUGUGUGUGUGUGUGGGUAUGUGUGUUUGUGUGUCACAGACUCUUGUCACAGGCUGGCAACAAACCUAUUGUUAUUUUUUGCUCUUCCUAAAAAGAAUAAGGGCCCACUAUUAUGCUUGUGUCACUUCCACAUUUUGAGCCUCCAGCCAACCGGAACCAAAGGUGUUCUGCGUCCUGACGUUUCCCAUAAGAAGGGGAAGCAUUUGGGAGGCGCGCGUGUGAGAUAAUGGAAUGAACAGCUCCUGAGGGUCUGCAGUGAAAGCGUGUUUCCCUGGGGGCACAAUGGGUUGGCACGCGGACAGGAAGCAGGGCUGCAGAAAGUGGAAAUGAGCCCGCCAGUCGUCAUGGUGACAUAUGGCACAGCCCUGUAGAGACUGAGCGGUGGUGUGAGUGAGUGAACCCGUAUCGCCAUGACGACCCACGUGACCCUGGAGGAUGCUCUGUCCAACGUGGACCUGCUGGAGGAGCUGCCCCUCCCCGACCAGCAGCCCUGCAUCGAACCCCCGCCCUCCUCCAUCAUGUACCAGGCAAACUUCGACACCAACUUUGAGGACAGGAAUGCGUUCGUCACUGGGAUCGCCCGCUACAUCGAGCAGGCCACCGUACACUCCAGCAUGAAUGAGAUGUUGGAGGAGGGGCAUGAGUAUGCUGUCAUGCUCUACACCUGGAGGAGCUGCUCACGAGCCAUACCUCAGGUGAAGUGCAACGAGCAGCCCAAUCGGGUGGAGAUCUAUGAGAAGACCGUGGAGGUUCUGGAGCCAGAGGUCACCAAGCUGAUGAAGUUCAUGUACUUCCAGCGGAAGGCCAUUGAGCGUUUCUGCAGCGAGGUGAAGCGUUUGUGCCACGCGGAGCGCAGGAAGGACUUUGUGUCCGAGGCCUACCUGCUGACGCUGGGCAAGUUCAUCAACAUGUUCGCCGUGCUGGACGAGCUGAAGAACAUGAAGUGCAGCGUGAAGAAUGACCACUCUGCGUACAAGCGGGCGGCCCAGUUCCUGAGGAAGAUGGCGGACCCCCAGUCCAUCCAGGAGUCCCAGAACCUGUCCAUGUUCCUGGCCAAUCACAACCGGAUCACCCAGUGUCUGCACCAGCAGCUGGAGGUGAUUCCGGGGUACGAGGAGCUUCUGGCCGACAUCGUGAACAUCAGCGUGGACUACUACGAGAACAAGAUGUACCUGACCCCCAGCGAGAAGCACAUGCUGCUCAAGGUGAUGGGAUUCGGUCUGUACCUGAUGGACGGUAACGUCAGUAACAUCUACAAGCUGGACGCCAAGAAGAGGAUAAACCUGGGGAAGAUAGACAAGUUCUUUAAGCUCCAGGUGGUGCCGCUGUUCGGCGACAUGCAGAUCGAGCUGUCCCGCUACAUCGAGACCAGCGCCCACUACGAGGAGAACAAGUCCAAGUGGACCUGCACGCAGAGCAGCAUCAGCCCGCAGUACAACCUGUGUGAGCAGAUGGUGCAGAUCCGGGACGACCACAUCCGCUUCAUCUCGGAGCUGGCCCGCUACAGCAACAGCGAGGUGGUGACGGGCUCCGGCCUGGACAGCCAGAAGUCGGACGAGGAAUACCGCGAGCUGUUCGACCUGGCCCUGCGCGGCCUGCAGCUGCUGUCCAAGUGGAGCACACACGUCAUGGAGGUGUACUCGUGGAAGCUGGUCCACCCCACAGAUAAGUUCUGUAAUAAGGACUGCCCGGGCACGGCGGAGGAGUAUGAGCGGGCUACGCGCUAUAACUACACCAGCGAGGAGAAGUUUGCGCUGGUGGAGGUGAUCGCCAUGAUCAAGGGCCUGCAGGUGCUGAUGGGGCGGAUGGAGAGCGUGUUCAACCAGGCCAUCCGCAACACCAUCUACGCCGCGCUGCAGGACUUCGCCCAGAUGACCCUGAGAGAGCCCCUCAGGCAGGCCGUGCGCAAGAAGAAGAACGUGCUCAUCAGCGUGCUGCAGGCCAUCCGAAAAACCAUCUGUGACUGGGAGGGGGCGCGGGAGCCCGCCAACGACCCCUGUCUGCGGGGCGAGAAGGACCCCAAGGGAGGGUUCGACAUCAAAGUGCCCCGCCGCGCCGUGGGCCCGUCCAGCACGCAGCUGUACAUGGUGCGCACGAUGCUGGAGUCGCUGAUCGCCGAUAAGAGCGGCUCUAAGAAGACCCUGCGGAGCAGCCUGGACGGGCCCAUCGUGCUCGCCAUCGAGGACUUCCACAAACACUCCUUCUUCUUCACCCACCUGCUCAACUUCAGCGAGGCCCUGCAGCAAUGCUGCGACCUGUCCCAGCUCUGGUUCCGCGAGUUCUUCCUGGAGCUCACCAUGGGCCGCAGGAUCCAGUUCCCCAUCGAGAUGUCCAUGCCCUGGAUCCUCACCGACCACAUCCUGGAGACCAAGGAACCCUCAAUGAUGGAGUAUGUGCUGUACCCACUGGACCUGUACAACGACAGCGGCUACUACGCUCUGACCAAGUUUAAGAAGCAGUUCCUGUACGACGAGAUCGAAGCGGAGGUGAAUCUGUGUUUUGACCAGUUUGUCUACAAGUUGGCAGAUCAGAUAUUUGCCUACUACAAAGCGAUGGCGGGCAGCGUCCUCCUGGACAAGCGGUUCCGGGCAGAGUGUAAAAACUACGGCGUGAUAAUCCCGUAUCCCCCCUCCAACCGCUACGAGACGCUGCUCAAACAGAGACACGUACAGCUCCUGGGACGUUCCAUCGAUCUGAACCGCCUCAUCACCCAGCGGAUCUCCGCCGCCAUGUACAAGUCCCUGGACCAGGCCAUCAGCCGCUUCGAGAGCGAGGACCUCACCUCCAUCGUGGAGCUGGAGUGGUUGAUGGAGAUUAACCGCCUGACGCAUCGCCUGCUCUCCAAGCACAUGACCCUGGACAGCUUCGACGCCAUGUUCCGAGAGGCCAACCACAACGUCUCCGCACCCUACGGCCGCAUCACGCUGCACGUCUUCUGGGAGCUCAACUUCGACUUCCUGCCCAACUACUGCUACAACGGGUCUACCAACCGGUUUGUUAGGACAGCCAUUCCCUUUACCCAGGAGCCUCAGCGGGACAAACCAGCCAAUGUCCAGCCCUACUACCUGUACGGGUCAAAGCCCCUGAACAUCGCGUACUCGCACAUCUACAGCUCCUACAGGAACUUCGUGGGACCGCCGCACUUCAAGACCAUCUGCCGCCUCCUGGGGUACCAGGGCAUCGCCGUGGUGAUGGAGGAGCUGCUGAAGAUCGUGAAGAGCCUGCUGCAGGGCACCAUUCUGCAGUAUGUGAAGACCCUGAUAGAGGUGAUGCCCAAGAUCUGCAGACUGCCACGGCACGAGUAUGGAUCACCAGGUAUCCUGGAGUUCUUCCACCACCAGCUGAAGGACAUCAUUGAGUAUGCCGAGCUGAAGACAGACGUGUUCCAGAGCCUGAGGGAGGUGGGCAACGCCAUCCUGUUCUGCCUGCUGAUCGAGCAGGCCCUGUCCCAGGAGGAAGUGUGUGACUUACUGCACGCAGCACCCUUCCAGAACAUUCUCCCCCGCGUCUACAUCAAAGAGGGGGAGCGUUUGGAGGUGAGGAUGAAGAGGCUCGAAGCGAAGUACGCCCCCCUUCACCUGGUGCCCCUGAUCGAGAGGCUGGGAACCCCUCAGCAAAUCGCGAUCGCGCGGGAGGGCGACCUGCUGACGAAGGAGCGGCUGUGCUGCGGCCUCUCCAUGUUCGAGGUGAUCCUGACACGCAUCCGCAGCUACCUGCAGGACAGCGUGUGGCGGGGCCCGCCGCCCACCAACGGCGUGAUGCACGUGGACGAGUGCAUGGAGUUCCACCGCCUCUGGAGCGCCAUGCAGUUUGUGUACUGCAUCCCCGUGGGCACGCACGAGUUCACUGCAGAGCAGUGUUUUGGAGACGGGCUGAACUGGGCCGGCUGCUCCAUCAUCGUUCUGCUGGGGCAGCAGCGGCGUUUCGACCUCUUCGAUUUCUGCUACCACCUGCUGAAGGUGCAGAGACAGGACGGCAAGGACGAGAUCAUCAAGAACGUGCCCCUGAAGAAGAUGGCCGACCGCAUCAGGAAGUACCAGAUCCUGAACAACGAGAUCUUUGCCAUCCUCAACAAGUACAUGAAGGCGGUGGAGACGGACAGCUCUACCGUGGAACAUGUGCGCUGCUUCCAGCCCCCCAUACACCAGUCCCUGGCCACUACCUGCUGAGACCCCCCCUCCCCAAACACACACCCUCUCUGGUCUGUAUCUCCAUUAGGGCAGAACUCAUCACCUGAUUGGUUCUGAGAAUAAAUGUAGGCAUCCCCUUCACACACACCCUGCACGCAGAUCCAUGCACAUCAGUUUGCACAGGUACGCAGGUACGCAGAUAUACAGGUAUACAGGUGCACAGGUAUGCAGGUGUACAGGUACGCAGUUAUACAGGUAUACAGGUACACAGGUAUACAGGUAUGCAGGUAUGCAGGUGUACAGGUGCACAGGUACGUAGGUAUACAGGUAUGCAGGUGUACAGGUACGCAGUUAUACAGGUAUACAGGUGCACAGGUAUACAGGUACGCAGUUAUACAGGUGUACAGGUAUACAGGUGCACAGGUACGCAGUUAUACAGGUAUACAGGUGCACAGGUACGCAAUUAUACAGGUAUACAGGUGCACAGGUACGUAGGUAGACAGGUAUGCAGGUAUACAGGUGCACAGGUACGCAGGUAUGCAGGUAUACAGGUACACAUGAACACAGGUAUACAGGUGCACAAGUAUACAGGUACACAGGUAUAUGAGAAUAAGGCCCCACCCUUUCUCAAAUGUAAGGGAGCGUAGCACAAUUCCUCUCCUAUGAAAUAAAAGAACAAAGUCAUGUCCUCCUCUGCUGCUGAAAGCCAUUAAAAAUGUAAGACUUCAUGUCUCAGAGAUUACAGACGACCCCCACUACACCCGACACAAAGUGUAGAAUUAUCUAAUCAAUUCAUUUGGCGGUGUGAUGAAGGAGUAUAGGGCCUUGUUCAAUAUAGCUGCAGAGUUCCACUGAACAGUGCAUUAAUCAUUUUAGUCUCUUUUUUUUAACCCAGAUUUAUUAAAUUUUUUUGUUUCAGCUGCCAACACAAAAAACCUGUUUUGUUUGAGUUUGAGGACGGGUUGCAUUGUGGUUAGAUUGACUCGGGCCCUGAGAGGAGAACGAUGCACCUUGUUGCUUCAGCUGCUCAGAUUGGCUUCAGUUUCUGUCGCGUUUUCCAUAACGUUUCACCUCACUGCGUGGACUACUGUAUCUCACAGAACUGCUUCCUGUAAAUACGCAUUUCAUUGUUUUUAAUGUCACUCGUUUUAGCUGUAAUCACCAAGCCCAAGCACACUGCCUUCGCUUGCUUCACUUCCAGGAGAAGAAUCUCCACAAAUUCUCCAUUUUGUUUUAGAUUUCAAUUAAGAACAUGGGAGGGUAAUGAGAGCUGAAUCAGUGCUGUGGUUUUUCAAUAAGCUGUACCCCUACCCCCAAUACAGAGACCCCCCCCCCUUAACUGUGGACAGUGAGUGUCUAAGGUUUUAAUGGGGGAAUAAACAUUCAGAACUUGUACCAGCCCUUCAGUGGAAGAAAACCUGAUUCAUUUCUGAAAAACGGUAGUUCAAGUAAAAGAAAAAGUCUGUUCAAGACACGGUUAGCUGACGAACGGGCAGCCGGUGGGUGUAGAUAAUUCUGUUCAUUAGCAUGCUUUUUGUAAUUGAGCGAAAGGACAAAAUAAACAGACCAGAGCAUCGAUCAGGUUCCAGGCGAGGAUUCUGCCUCCACCGCAGUCGCCUGUAGCCCCCUCCGACACGUCAAAGUAGCGUCUGUAAAACUCGCCAACAGACCCCCGGACCAACCAAUAAACAUGCUCCUUUCAGAACUGGAAAUAACGCAGAGCUCCGGAUUUUAAAAGAUGUUGAAACAGUAGGUUCCUGUCAUUGUGUGCGUCACAGACAUAACGUUAUGUGAUUUUUUUAAAUUACUGUAUUGUACAGAGAACGGCCUCAAAUGGUGGUAUGUUAAUGUUGACACACAUGUGACCCCUGACCCCACAGAACCUCUAUGCUGUGGGGGGAGGGACAGUGUAAAUACCAGCUCCAUUGAAUCCACAUAUACAUAACCACCCAAGAGAGAGAUAAUUAUAUAUAUAUGAAAGAUACCAGAUCACACUGGGUUUUUUGCUUUUAUUUAUUGUCUUUUUUCCUGGUUUUCUGGCUUCUGAAUCGAACGCGAGGAUUUGCCCCCUCACCUCUGCUGUACAGUACAUAACAAAGUGAAGUACCGAGUGCUGUAACCGUUUAGCAUUUCUUUUCUUUUUGAUUUUUUUUUAGUAUAUUGAUAAUUUAAUCCGUAUCUUCAUAAUAUGUUGGUUCUACUUCUGACAAGAAAUGUCACCUAUUUUUGCAAGUCAGAUUCUUAAUGCUGUUUUGUCUGUAAAACAGUUUAGAUAUGCAAGACACGGUGGCAAUGUUACAUUUUUCAGACCUGGAAUGUGUUGUCUGAGAAAUGUGUGGAAUUUGUGAUUGGUUGAAAUAUGUCUUGCAAGCAAAUUACCUGAAUAGAACCACAACAUUAGCAUAACCUGAUUUGAUAAAAGGUCAAAAUGGGGAGGAGUUGAAUGAUUGUCUUUGAAAACUACAGACCAAUCAGACUCCCUUCUUAGUAAUAGAGGAUUUGAAGUAAAAUCAUCUGUUGCUUUUUUCGCCCCUUACUCCAACAGGGAGAAUAUUCUGGAAAUAAGUCAGUAUUUGCAAUUAUUGGUUCUUUACUUUCAGUGUUACCAAAUCAUACAUUUAAUAUAUUUAUAUCUAUUUUCCAUUUUAUAUUUGAAACAACAUUUUUAGUAAAACGAAAAGUCUUAAACAAAAAUGCAUGGCAGCUUCUGUUGUGAAUUAUUUCUUUUGAAUGUGUGUCCUAAUUUAGUAUUUUCUUUUCAAGUUUUUGUUUUGAUUGUUUUUAUGGUUUUAAGUAGUGGUUUCCACUGUUCCUUAAUUGAUAUUUAUUAAUACAAUUCAUUUUACUUUAAUUUUCCUUGAAUGGGGUGAACAUUUAAAUUGAAGAAGAAAAAAAAACAAAGCAUAAUUUUAAAGUCUUAGCAUGGCAGGUGUAAUUUAUUGUGGCCCUAUUUGUGACAUGAGGUUCUGUUCAUAUUGUUGUACGAGUGAUCAUGUUCUGGAAAAUAAAAGAAAAGAAACUACACAACAAACAGUCCAUCGGAAGAACUGAAAUGAUGUUGUAUUUCCAUGAAAUAAAUAAAAAAUCUAACUGAA